AUGCAUUUGUCGGCGUUUAAUACCGCUUCCUCUAAAAGUGUAACCUCGUCUUUUCUUCCUUCGGGAAGAAGUUUACAUACAAUUAACACAAGUGACCGCAAGGCAGAUGUUAUUAACCCUCUAGCAGAGAAAUCAGUCUCUCCUUUAACGUCAACCGCAAUACCCACACCAACCACUCCGAAGCAUGAAUUUACCGGUAGUCAAAUUUUUCUUCAUAAAAGUCAGAAAUUAUUAGGGCUUCUAAAUGAUACCAAAAACAUAUUGGGAAGCUACCGGGAAAUAAACAAAGAAAAAUGGCACAUUCAAUACCCAUUCGUCAAACCUCAAACUUUAGUCGGGAAACAAUUUUUUUCGAAAGACGAUAAUGUCACAAAGUCCUUUGUUGGUAAUAAAAUGAAGAAGGCUUUGUCUUACGCUGAAACGUCAAAUAAAUUUCGUGAGCAAAUCAACACGAAAUUGUAUGCUUCUCAACCCGACAUGUCGACCUCACAAGAAAUUAAUACCACACUUAAUGUUUUGAAUUUGGAUUUAAAGAAAGGAGAUAGGUCAUCGGCAGAAAACGUGGUGGGAAAAUUGGACAAGGGAUCAGUCGCUACCCUAUUGGAUGAAAGAUUAAUUCAUAGCGUUAAGAGGAUUGAAAAUCUCGCUUCACGAGUGGCUGACACAAGUUCCAAAGUUCUAAUUGCUGGUGACGUUAACGCAGGGAAAAGUACAUUCGUUAACACUCUUCUCCGUCGCGAAAUAAUGCCGGUGGAUCAACAACCAUGCACGACUAUCUUCUGUGAAGUUCGGGAUGUACAAGAAAACUCUGAUAAGGAAGAAGUUCAUGCCAUCAGGAAUAUCGAGAAAUAUAAUCGCGAGGAUGUAUCCACUUAUACGGCUAUUGGCUUUGAAAAUCUCUUUGAUAUAAUUAGCAGUGGUACAGAAGAAUACACUCAACUAAAGGCAUAUAAACGAAAUGUUCAGCAGAGCCUUUUGCAUAAUGGAAUUGUUGACAUUGCGUUAAUUGAUUGUCCAGGGUUGAAUCGCGAUACUCUCAAGACUACUGCUUUGUUCGCUCGACAAGAAGAGAUAGACGUUAUUGUCUUUGUCGUAAGCGCCGAGAAUCAUUUUACUUUAUCCGCCAAAGAGUUCUUAUCGAAUGCAUCUAGUGAAAAAGCGUAUAUAUUCAUUGUCGUAAAUCGCUUUGACAAUAUCAGAAACAAAGAAAAAUGCAAACGCUUAGUAUUAGAUCAAAUUAAGGAAGUUUCGCCACGUACGUACGAGCAUGCUGAUGACUUGGUACAUUUCGUGACCUCAACAGCCAUUCCAAAUGAAGGUGACGACGAUCUUACUUCACUAUCUCCCAUCGAGAAGAAAAGAAUGGAAGAUUUUAAUCACCUUGAAGAGUCAUUACGAACCUUCAUUCUCAAAAAACGUUCCAAGUCUAAACUAGAUCCUGCCCAGCAUUAUCUUGAUAAUCUCAUAAUUGAUAUCGGAGUUUUGGCCGAAUUCAAUCGAUUCAUUGCAUCAGUCGACGUUGAAAAAACUUCAAGAGAACUUCACGAUGGAGAAAAGGCCUUUGAAAUUCUAUGCAACGAUGAAAAACACGUUGGCGAAAAAGCGGAAAAAUGUAUUGAAGAUGCAUGCGAUAAUAUUGCUGAUUUCACUAAAAAGAAAUUG